AUGAGCCGCAGUAACUGCUAUGCUGUCGUCUUCCAGAGGAUGGACAGAUAGAAAAACAAGGGAGAGCGGAAGACGGUGCACUGCAGUGGAGCCCAGGAGACGGCAGGUGAUGACCUGAAAACAUCAUGACGGAGGUCCAGGGCACUGUCGAGUUUUCAGUGGAGCUACACAAAUUCCAUAAUGUGGAUCUCUUCCAGAGAGGAUAUUAUCUGCUGCAUGCAAGUCUGAGAGCCCCGCCCAGGAUCCCACACCGAUUGUCAACCACAGUUGUGGAACAAACAGACGAAGCCAUCCUUCGCUCAGCCUGCGUCCACGAGAACAGCGUCUACAGCAGAGUGUUCCAGAUCCUGUACAGAAAUGAAGAGAUUGUCAUCAACGAAUGCAUGAAUUUCAAAGUCCACCUUCUUUUGGAUGGCGAAAGGGUUGAAGAGGCAUUAAGUGAAGCAGAUUUUCAACUCAAGCUGGACCUGCUCUUUACAGACAGUGAGCAACAGCUGAGAGAUGUCUCGUCGGUCCCUGUGAUCAGCAGCCGCACGUUGGGGCUUCACUUCCACCCCAGGCGGGGCCUGCACCACCAGGUCCCUGUCAUGUUCGACUACUUCCACCUGUCUGCGAUCUCCGUGACGGUGCAUGCCUCUCUGGUGGCUUUACACCAACCUCUAAUCAGCUUUGCUCGUCCAGGGAAAGGUUCAUGGCUUGGGAAAGGCAGCUUGGAAACAGGCCCGGAUCCAACUGGGAUGUCGCUUGAAAAUCUGGUGUUUGGCGCCGGUUACUGCAAGCCUGCCGCUUCAGAGGGCAGCUUUUACGCACCCUCUGAGAACUGCAUGCAGCAUGCCCACAAGUGGCAUAAAGACCUCUGCCUCCUGCUGCUGAACGCCUACCAAGGCCUCCGCGUGUACUACGGCAUCCUCGCAAAGGAGAUCCCCAGUUUACCACAGCUGACGUUAGAGGAUCUUGCCGUGGAAGAGACGCUGUCCCAACUCUCUGCUGAGGUUCAGAUGCUGAAUAACCCAGAGAAGAUAGCAGAGCAGAUCAGCAAAGAUCUCACCUGGCUUUGCUCUCACCUUUUGGCGCUCUGGACCCAGUUUCUGGAGGGAGUAACCCUGCAUCCUGAAGUCACAGCCUAUCUCGUUCAGGAGCACCACACUCUAAGGGUAAGAAGAUUCUCAGAGGCUUUCUUUUAUACUGAGCAGGAAAAGUCGGCUGGGUUGACUUUUCAGGAAAGCCUCAUCCAGCAACACAGUCAGGUUUCUACAGAAGUCCGGAACUCUGAGUACCUCACCAGCAUGCCACCCUUACCUGUAGAGUGCCUCGACAUUGAUGGAGACUGGAGCACGCUGCCAAUCAUUUUUGAAGACAGAUAUGUCGAUUUUCCUUACAAAGUUCAGGGCUUAGACGUUUUGUCGAACUAUGCGGUUUCCGCUGUAGACGAUUCACAAGUGGACUUAGUGGAGAAAAACAAGACGCCCUCUUCAGAUGAUAACACUGAACUAGCAAAAGAAGUCUUCGCAACAGAUACCCCGUUCAUCAUCCACACGGACAGGAUAAAUAGGAAAUCGAUGUUUACUUGCAGCUAUCCAGAAGAAAAUGCCAGCGUGGCUGAGGGUUUCAAGGACCGUACUGCAACUCAGGUAUCUGCAACGAAUGGAGACAUCCACGCCCCUGAACACCUUUCAGCCCCAAUUAGCAAUGUUCUAUCAGGUUUGCAAUCAGAUCUCUUGAAAAAUUCUGCAGAAGGUUUGACACCCAUGGAGUUUUCUGAAAACAAUAAACAUGCAACAGGAGAGACAUUUUUGAAGGGAAACCCAGCUUGUAGUGGUCUCCAUGAAGAAGCACCAGUACUAGUCAUGACAACUCUCUAUAAUGGUGACCACUGUAUACCACACAAACUUUGGGAGAGGACUGAAUUGAGCCAAACAGCUAAGCAUUGUGGGUCUACGCUCCCCUCAGAUGAACUCACAUAUAAUGAACAGAACGGCCUUGAGGAAGCAGUAGAUCCAGGUGGGGAGGACAUAUUGCCAGCCUUGAGCACGUUUGAUAUAAAUGUUCAUUUUGACACACUGAGCCAAACAGAAGAUGUUGAAAAGACAAACUCUUAUCAGAAGGAGCAAAAAAUCCCGGACUGUGAAGAAUUUAGUUUGACUUCAGGGGCCAUCAAGAGAUCUUCAUCACUAAUCUCUGACUCAGGAAUCGAAAGCGAGCCCAGUUCGGUAGCUUGGUCUGACGUACGGAGCAAGGCCUUGGAGUUACCGAGUGACCGGGAGAUCCUCCACCAUCUUGUCAGAAGACAUGCAAUCCACCGGAACUCUCUGGAAGGUGGGCACACGGAAAGCAAUACAAGUCUGCCCAGCGGCAUACAGGCCUCACUCACCUCAAUCAGCUCCUUGCCGUAUGAGGAGGAAGAGAGGGAGGUCGAACCUAACAAGCUGACCAAAUCAAUUUCUGCUCCUCAGAUCAGUAGUCCUGAGGGGUCUCUAGAGGAUAAGGAUAUCUCCAAACAUGCAAAAACUGCCUCAGACCUUACAGAAGGACCAUACAUGGAAAUAAGAUACCCCAGUACAGCAUUAAUGGGAAGUAUUUCUGGCUGUCAAGAUGAUAGAGAAAGUGAUGGGUCAUACGCGGCACAGUUCACCUCAACGAGUAUGAGGGAGGAGAAUAAUUCGCAUAGAAGUCGGUAUUUUGGAAAUGAAAAGCCUUUCUCACACGAUGGGGAUCUCCCUUCCUUGUCGGAGUUGGUGUCCCAAGACGUCUCCCCAAAGGAUUCCUGUGGUAGUCCUGUUACCAAUGGCAGCUUGACGCCAUGCAAUUUGGAAACACCUGCCUUUCAAGAAAUUGAACUGGGCCAUAGGUUCGGAAUCGAACCGUACUCUGCUGAACCAGAAAAAGGAGACCUCAGAAUGUUGGCCAACGGCCACUCUGUCUUGCCAGAAGCAUUGGUUCUUGAGAGCAAAAAGGCUGUUGAGGCGGUCAAUUUGUCUGUUUCUUGCACGGCCACGUGCCUUCCCUUUUCUUCUAUUCUUAAAGAUUCUCCGCCCAUGACUGGUUUUUCCUCCAAGCAGGCCAAUUCUCCCAUCACCCACCAACCGAUGGGUUCCUUUGGAGUCAUCUCUUAUGAGUCCAGAGAUACUGAUGAAGAAGUCAAUGAAAGAAUGCUUAGUUUUUAUCAGGCCAAAGAAGAAUUUAAAAAAGAAAUGAAGAUUGAAGGAUUUCUGUACAGUGAUCUACCUGCCCUGGCUUCGGAUGUCCCAUAUUUUCCACCAGAGGAAGAGGAAGAGAAUUUGGAAGAAGGAAUUCACCUAGUUAUCUGUGUCCACGGGCUGGAUGGUAAUAGCGCAGAUCUUCGGCUGGUCAAAACGUUCAUUGAAUUGGGUCUUCCUGGUGGAAAGCUUGACUUCCUGAUGUCUGAACGGAACCAGACGGAUACGUUUGCUGACUUUGAUACAAUGACCGACCGAUUGCUGGAUGAGAUUAUUCAGCACAUUCAGUUGUACAAUCUGUCCAUCUCACGCAUAAGCUUUAUCGGGCACUCCCUUGGCAAUGUCAUCAUUCGUUCAGUACUAACUCGGCCCAGAUUUCGCUAUUACCUCAACAAGCUGCACACCUUCCUGUCGCUGUCAGGGCCUCACUUAGGAACCCUUUACAACAACAGUACUCUGGUCAGUACAGGCUUGUGGCUCAUGCAGAAGCUGAAGAAGUCUGGGUCGCUGCUGCAGCUGACCUUUAGGGACAAUACAGAUCUGCGAAAGUGUUUCCUCUAUCAGCUGAGCCAAAAAACAGGUCUUCAGUAUUUCAAAAAUGUAGUUCUGGUCGCCUCACCCCAGGACCGCUACGUACCGUUUCAUUCUGCGAGAAUAGAAAUGUGUCGAUCUGCACUGAAAGACAGACAUACAGGUCCCGUUUAUGCCGAGAUGAUCAACAAUCUCCUCCGGCCAGUCAUCGGGGCCAAAGACUGCACUUUAAUCCGUCAUGACGUCUUUCAUGCUCUGCCAAACACAGCCAACACGUUGAUCGGGCGGGCCGCUCACAUCGCGGUGCUGGACUCGGAACUGUUCUUGGAGAAAUUUUUCCUGGUGGCAGGACUCAACUAUUUCAAGUAGCGCUGCAAGCCUAAAGGAAACAAUGCAAGCUGAACGCGGA